GAAAAGAAAUCGAAGCUUCGGAAGCUCAAGGAAGCCAAGCGAGUUUGCGAAAGAUGUGGCAAGGCGCAUGCGGCUAGUGUUUGCUGGUAUAAGAACGUCCAGUGUCACAGCUGUUCUCAAAUCGGUCAUCUACAGAAGAUGUGUCCAAGUAAUCGCAGAGAACUCAAGACUGCAAACGUGGUGGACUGCUCUGAUAGUGACUCUGAAUUAGAUGUGUACCAUGUUAUCAAUACCGUGCGUUCUGGGUAUGAAGUGCAGCUAAACGUAGAAGGGCAAGACCUCUGCAUGCAGAUUGAUACGGGAGCAGCUGUAACACUAAUUCCUGAGAGUGUGAGGCUGAACGCAUUUCCUCAUGUCAAGUGCGAGCCAUCUCGAGUCACCCUAAAAACAUACACUGGGGAACCUGUUCCAGUAAAAGGGCAAUGCAACGUUUCCGUUACGGUGGGAAAACAGUCUUUGCGGCUACCCGCUAUUAUCGUCAAGGAUAACGGCAAGCAGCUACCAUUGCUGAUGGGGCGAAGUUGGCUUGAAAGGCUCGGGCUUGACUGGAAAAGCGUGUUUGCUAUAAAUGUAAGCGACUCUCACAAGGUAGAGGCGGUUAAAAAGAAGUUCCCAGGGGUGUUUUCUAAGCAACCUGGAAAAGUAAAAAACUAUCAAGCAAGGAUAGUUUUAAGCCAGAAUUGCACGGCUAUUUUUGGCAAGGCCAGAAACGUCCCAUUUGCGCUUCGAGAUAAAGUGGAAGGCGAGCUAGAAAGGCUAGAGAAAAGCGGUGUUAUACGCCCCGUAAAUCGGAGCGAUUGGGCCACGCCAGUAGUCGUAAUCCAAAAGAAAGAUGGUUCACUGAGGCUGUGCGGGGACUACAAAGUCACCAUUAAUCCUGUUUUAAAGACCGACCACUACCCAUUGCCUAGACCGGAAGAUUUGUUCUCUGCCAUAGCUGGCGGCAGAGUGUUUUGUGUGUUGGAUCUUUCGGCCGCGUAUCAGCAGAUUCCGCUCACUGCCGAGUCCCGACCACUGCUAACUAUUAAUACGCACAGGGGGCUGUUCGAGUUCCAGCGCUUACCAUUUGGGGUAGCCAGUGCGCCAGCCAUUUUUCAGUCCUUCAUGGAUGAGGUGCUCAAAGGCAUACCGCACGUGGGAUGUUACAUAGACGACGUCAUUGUGUCGGGAAAAGACUUAGCCGACUGUCAAAAAACGUGGGAACUAGUCCUGCAGCGGCUGAGUGACUACAACGUGACACUGAAAGAGGAAAAGUGUCGGUUUUUUCAGAGCACUGUGACUUAUCUCGGUCACACUGUGUGCGCUGAAGAUUUCGAGCUCUCCAUGCGGGAGCAGCAGCAACGUACCAAAGUGCAAAAGGACAUGUCUAGGGGGGUUCCGCGAUGUUUUGCUGUGGGGGACGCUGUGUGGGUGAAGACUGUGCGAGGUGAAACAGUGUCGUGGGAAGAUGGUGUCGUGACACAGGUUAUCAGUCCCGUAACCUAUCUGGUGAAAGUGUCGCAGGCGGUGCGAUUUACGCAUUCGGACCACAUCAGAGCCCGCCACGGAAGCCAGGAUUCUUCAAGUUAUCCGCAGGCACAACCUGCUCCAACGGCAUCCGUAGACACGACUCCACCGACGGUUCCGAUGGCGUGUGGGCCAGUCGCCGGGUCGCCUCUCGUAAAUCCACACGCAACCGACUCUGCGACGUCUCUCCUUCCGGCAACUGCAUCGCCCACGGCCGGAGCAGCUGCCUCCGGCUCGCCGGACCAGCCCAGUGCCGACGACGCGCCACCUGCAGCCGAACUUCCAACUCUGCGUCGUAGUGCACGUGUACGACAUGCCCCGAACAGAUACCAGUCCAGUGACUUUCGGAAGUAA